AUGAGCAACACCAGGACGAAUCACCCGGCUGUACGGAGUACCCCAGACAAGAUCUACAGAGGAGCGCCUGCACUGCGCCAGCAAACACUGCCGCAAUCCAAGGGAGCUGACAAGUGUGGAGGACAAGUGUGCUAUUCUCAUGGCAUAAUCGGAGGGUUCACAUCAAUUGCAGUCAAGCCUGCUAGUCUUUCCCUCCCAGAUGCCUCUGUGUUUCGAUCAUUACUUGAAAAUAGAAGUCCAUGUUGUGCGAUAACCUGUGUGCGCCACGUCCUCCAUGGUAUUGGCUCUGACUGCCGACAUGUGCGAUAUAGUUCUGACUCAGGCCGAAUCAGCACCGGAAUAGUGUCCUGGGCAUCAUCAGCACAACGUGAGAUCUGUCUUCGACAGUGGGUGCAGUUUGGCUUUGGUGCACGCCUUGUCACCACGCCCGAGCCGGCAGUCACUCCAGACACCGGCCAUCGGUAUCUUCACUCUACCAUCACAGAUGUUGGCACAAGAAACUCUCGGUACAAUGUGGUAGGUUAG